CUGAGUUGUAUCUGUAAUCUGUGAAUCCAUUCAUGGAUGGGAAUAAUUGGAGAACGGCCCAAGCUCAGGGUCAGGUGGCAAACGGAGCUGUCGAGACUAGCGAUUGGCGGGCUCGGCUACAACCAGGAUCGCGUCAUAGGAUUGUCAACAAGAUAAUGGAGACUUUAAAGAAGCAUCGUCACUUAUUUGGACGACAAGCGCGUCAUGAGCUUAGGAAAAUUGCAGUAAGGUUUGAGGAAAAGGUUUAUACUGCUGCUGUAAGUCAGUCAGAUUAUCUGAGGAAGAUAUCUUUAAAGAUGUUGUCAGUUGAGACAAAAUCACAAACUCUCAUGGCCAAUUCUCUGCAAUCUAACAAUACAACUAGUGCUCAGAAUCCCCAACUUCCAGGGACACACAAUGUAAUGCAAAACCAGGUUAACAGCCCAGGACAGCCACUCUCUAUUCCUAUGGUGACCAAUCAAUCUCAAACAGGACAACAAUUGGUGUCUCAAAACUCAGUGGCAAACACCAUGGGCCAAGGGAUGGUAGCCAAUUCCCAGACUUCACAACAAAUUCUUUACCAGCAGCAGCAUUUAUACAAUCAAAUGAUGAAACAAAUUCUUCAGCAGCAGCAUUUACACAAUCAAUGGGUGAAGCAGCAGCUACAACAACUAAUUCUUCAGCAGCAGUAUUUAUACAAUCAAAUGAUGAAGCAGCAGCAGCAACAACAAUCUCAGACUUCACAACAAAUUCUUUACCACCAGCAUUUAUACAAUCAAAUGAUGAAGCAGCAGCUAUCUUUGAUGCAAUCUCAUAUGCAGCAACACCAACACUUACUACAACAAAAUCAGAUCCAGUCAUCUCAGCAAGCUGUCAUGCAGCCUUCUCUUCAGCAGAACCAACAGCAACCAACCCAAUCUGUCCUCACGCAACAACAAACUCAACAGCAGCAGAGUGUUGCAAAUAUUCAACACAACAACUUACUUGACAUGCAGCACCAGCAAUCUAGGGUGAUUGCCCAACAAACUAACUGCUCAAACAUACAACAGCAGAAUAACCUGGGUCAUUGUUCCCAAACUUCACCCGAUGACCAACUGAACUGCCAUGCAGACGAUCACGAGCUUAAAUUCAUUAUAAAAACGGAGGUUAAAUUGGAAGUGUAG